GUGACCUUACUUCGUUUUUCAAUCUAUAAAUAGAUUGUAACUAUGACGAGGUACACAGUAAAACAUAACAGGCUCAAUAAACAGGAAGAAGGUUUAAGGUUCUAAACUACGCCAGUACUGGUUACAAUGUCUGGUACAGGGGGAAAGUAUGACGAUGGGGACAAAGACUUAGCUCCUGAGGUAAAACGUAUGAAAUCGAGCUUUGAAAAGACAGACAUAGCACUUAUUGUCGAUGGCAAAAGACUGUAUAUUAACAGAGAUGAACUAAUGGAGAAAUCGCCAGUUUUUAAGACAAUGUUAACAGCAGAUUUUAAGGAAAGAAAUGCGCUUGAAAUUGAAUUACCCAAAAAAGACUUGCAUCAUUUCUUGAUGUUUCUAAGAUGCACCCUUGACGGGCAUGAUGAUCAGAUAAAUAACAGCAAUGUUCACUGCAUCAUUCCAAUAGCACACGAAUAUCAAGUGAAGGAAACUUUAGAUAAGUCUGAUAUAUUCUUAUCAAAUAAAUACCGACAAAAAAGUCUGAGAGAUUGUUUAAUUACAGAUAUAAUAAAUGGUAUUAUCGAAGCCGAAAAAUACGGUCUCACUCGAACGUUGAAAGAGUUGAUAGACCGUGCAUCAAGAAAAAAGUUUGACCUAUUUUCUAAGACAAGUGAUUUCGAUGCAAUUUCAAAAGGAACUUUAUAUAAAAUAUCGAUGGAGAGAUGGCAUAAUGAUAUUGAUGGUAAUACUGGUGAACCAUGUUCAGUUACAAAUGCUUCAUACCAUUCCGGAGUUCGAAACUAGUAUUUUUAAUAACAAAAAAUUCAGCAUGUUGAAUUUUUUACUAUAUAUUUUUCUGUAUUAUGCAUUAUGGUGAAUACUAUAUCAUCAUUCAUGAAAUAGAUAUAAGUAUUGACUAAAAUUACAAAGUGAAAUACUUAUAUACUAGAAUGAACCAGCAGUCUAUGACACAACAGGAACAAUGGGUUGGGCAGUUAUUAUUUGCCGUGUUACAAAACUGUCAUAAAAUCAAAUUCUUUUU